AUGGAAAAUCACGUGACGAGAACGAUUCAAAAUGGCAGCGCCGGUGGAACAUUAACCUUGAGAAAUGUCAGCCACUUGAACGAAGGUCAAUACGUCUGCAUGGUCGACACGCCCCAAGGUCGUCUGUUGACCUUCACCAACCUGAUUGUGGAAACAGCUCAAUCUCGAGGACCGUCUGACGUCAGAGUGGUCGCUUCAUCGACUUCUGCCGUUAUUUUUUGGAGGCCGGCUUAUAAUGCCGGACGAGAAAUACACUACACUAUUUGUCUCUUCUUCACCAUCAUCAUCCCCGUCACCACCAUCAACGCAGUUAUCACUGACACCUAUAACUUCGCCAAAGAAUCCUCUCCUCAGCACUACAUUAUUCAAUACAAAACCAUGAGUCAUUGGAUUGACCUUUCGCCUCCAAUUUAUCACGUGACGUCAUUUUACUGGAAAAACCCGUCACGUGGUGUAGUUUACCAUUUCCGGGUUUCAUGCUGCUUGGGACUUGUAUGCAGCGAGCCGAGCGCCGCUGCUCUAUUUGAUAUGAGGGACGUAAAAAGGCUACACAAGGACUCAAAUGACCUAUAUUUCUGCAUUCUCAUUGGUUCAACGCUGGCGGCAUUUACAAUCCUCGUGUUCCUAUUGGUUGUCGUCAAAAUAUUGAAAGUGAAACUAGACCGACGAAAAAGAGGAAGAUGUGAAAAUGAUCUUUCACUACAAGGCGAUGCUCAAAUGGAUCAGUCAAAAAACUUUCGAACAACACUUCUAACGGAGAUUAAUUAA